AUGCACCCUGACGCACUGCUCCGAGGGAUGAGUGGCGGCUCCAAGCGCAUCCUGCAGACGAAGCAGAGCAGCAGGCUGCCAUUCUACAUGAUGCAGUUAUACCGGACCGUGCUGACCGAGGAGCGGGCCAAGACCCUGGCCAACAGCCUGAGCCACACGAUGACCGAGGACCCUGCCAUGCAGGACUCCGACUCUGUCAUCAGCCUGGUCGCUAAAGGCUGCGAGCAGAUUGGCAAAAGGUGGUCCGUUACCUUUGACCUGUCCUCCAUGUCUGCGAGCGACAACGUCCAGCUGGCAGAACUUCGCAUCCGCCUGUCCGCCUUCACCGAGUCUCCCCGAGCCUCAGUGGACGUCUACCACUCACACAGGGGGCGCUGCUCCGGCACGCACUGCUCAGAGAACAGGAUGUUCCUGGGCCGCCUGAAAGCUCACCCCGGUGCCACGGUAUCCCUCUCCUCCUGGAAGGUGGUCAACAUGACGGGGGUGCUCAGUCGCUGGCUGCAGCAGGAGCACACCACACAGGAGGAAGAGGAGGAGGAAGAGCAGGAGAGAGUCCAACACCUUACUGCUGACCGGGUCAUGAUGGUGGUCUUCUCAAGGCAGAACCUGAACAACAAGCGCAUGCCAACACUCAUCCGCACAGCAGAGCACUCCAAGUACGUCAGCUUUGACCGGGACAGAGUGGCCCCUGGCUCUGGUUCCAAGCCGAGGAGCCGCAGGGCCAACAGGCACCAGCACACCCAGCACCAGAGGAAGGGAGUGGCUGAUUCGGCCCCCGUCAGCAAGCCCACAGAGGAGGAGGAGAAGGGUCCUCUCUGCAGGAGGGUGGACAUGGUGGUGGACUUUGAGAAGAUCGGCUGGAGCGAGUGGAUCGUCUAUCCCAAACAGUACACCGCUUACCGCUGUGAGGGGAGCUGCCCCAACCCAGUGGACGAGACCUUCACUCCAACCAACCAUGCGUACAUGCAGAGCCUUCUGAAGCUCCACCGCCCAGACAAGGUGCCGUGUCUGUCCUGUGUGCCGACACACCUGGGACCGCUCUCCAUGCUGUACUACGAGGCGGGGGAGAUGGUCAUGAGGCAUCACGAGAACAUGGUGGUGGAGGAGUGCGGCUGCCACUGA